AUAUGGUUUAUGGGAGGGAUACAGUGAUUUACAUCCAAUAAAUGACCAAGUUUUCACUGUGGGUAUCAAUGAUCCGAAAAAAGAUUGGUUCUUUGCUCAAGUUUGCAGGUUUGUACUUGCAACCCAUCAUAUAUAAUGACAAGAUGAACGUUAAAAUACACUUGACGGUGACUGCUGCUAUUCUGUAGAAGAGGGGAAGAUGGUAAGUUUGUUGCAACAACAUGGAGUAUUAAGUUCAACAUGACAUCAUUAACCGAAGGAACUUACCGGCUGAGGUUGGCGAUUGCAUCCGCCACACGCUCGGACUUGAAGAUCAAUGUCAACUCAAUGGGGUCGGAGUCGUCACUGGUUUUCCAGCUGAUGAAUCUGGGAAUGGAUAACACAGUUUGCCGACAUGGAAAUCAUGGACUGUAUCGAAAUUAUAGUGUUGAGAUUCCAUCAUCAAUGCUUAUUAAGGGAGAUAACUCCAUAUUUCUGACGCAGGCAAGAGGUGGAGAUGAACUCUGUGGACUUUUAUACGAUUAUUUAAGACUGGAAGCACCUGAUGAUACUCCAUCAAGUUGAACAUCUAAUUGAAUGCUCUAUUUU